AUGGCACCUUCCCUUAAUGACGUGGAAGGGAAUCUAGAGGAGAACGAUCACGAAACCCUCCGAUCCCGAUAUAAAUGUUGUUGCAAAAGCAUCGAGAUUAAGGUAGGCACUAAAAUUGCAUAAAAUUGUUUGACCCUUUGUUUUAUCGCCGAAAAAGCUGUAUUUCAUAAGCGUAAUUACAGAACGGAGCAUAUGCGGUGGCUGUUGUGUACACCUGCAUUAUAAUAUCCAAUUUAUGUAUGAGGGCGAUCAAAUCUGAAGAGGUGAAGUGAAAUUAUUUUUUGCACAUGAAGUUGUGAUUUCAGGUAGAAUGGAAUUGGCAGUUGCUGUUUUUGGUGAGUGAUUCAAUUGCAGUUAUUAGUUUGUUUUACGGAAUCACCAGAAAUCAUCCUGCAUUUCUUCAACCUUUUACUGUCCUCAGUGUGAGUUUUUUAACUGACAAUCAUCAGACUUGCUAAAAUUUGGCUCUACCCGCCGGCCCGGAAGUUAAACCUUUAAAAAAUUUUUUUAAAAACGCGGAAAGUUCCAGAACGUGCGGUAGAAUUGCUAAAAAUGGUUGCCAAGGUCGAAUUCUUCAGUUCCGCCAACUUCUAAAUAAGUUUAAAUUUUUUUCAAAAUUUGGAAUUUUAGCAAUUUUACCAGCCGGGGACCGCUUAGCACGUCUGACAUUUAUCAAUUUGUUUUGGAAAUGAAUCGAAUGGAAUGCUCGUUGAUCUUUUGACUUCAGAUAGUGACUGUCUCGUUUUGUCUGCUCCUCUCCGUUUUCUACAUGUCUGCAGUGCUCAACCCAAAUUCGUACGCAGCUGAGCAAAUCGAAAUUGUUCUUGCCGACAAAGUUCAAUAUUUCGCUGAUCUUCUAAGCACGACCCCUCAGACCGGUACGUGGACGUAACUCUUCCAGAAGACUCAAUAUGCAUUCCAGUGAUAAUAUCGACUGGUGCGAUCGGUUCGCUCGUCUACGCGUGCACUUUUUUCAUUCACAGCUGGUUCAUGUUUAUUGUUGUUCGGACGGCACAGUAUUUCCGAGCAUUGACGAGUACGAGUAUAUAA